AGUUACUUACGCAGAGAAUUUUAUAUUUUAUGUUGGCAAAAGCGUAUACGGUUACAUAUUUUAAAAACGCUUACGUAGCUGUGUAUACAGUCAUUCAAAAUAAUCAACUUGUGAAAUAGCAGGUAAAUUUGAUACAAUUUGUAUCCAAUGCGGUCAAAUAAUUUUGGAAAACUGAGAGUUCAAGCUCGACAAAUUGAUGACGGUAUUGAAAAACUAAAUACAACAUGGAAACUUCCACACGUUCUAAUCGGACGUUUUGCAGAAUGUACUGCAGAAUCAGAUUUUUAUACCGAAGCUAUGUGGAAUGUUAUAAAAAGUACACAGGAUGGAAUAGAACAAACUUUGUCAGAAAUGAAAGAAGAUUCAAUUCAUAUGGAAGAAUUUCUCCAAGAAACUAAGGCACAAUAUGAAAGCUUAAAAGAGCAGUGCGAUAAUUUGGAGAAUGUUUUUGGAGAGUAUGGUUAUCGUUACGAUGAAAAUAAUGUCUUGGAAGAAUCAAAUGCUAAUAGUACAAGGAGCCCCGAUCAAAACUCAAUUGAAGAAACAGAAAACUUAAAAGUUGAAUUUACUCCUAAUCUUAGUUGGAAAUGUAAAGUAAAAGAAAAUGGAUUAUCAUCAGCAUGUAAAGAUAAUUAUAAGUCACAUAUGCUUAUGACAGCUUUAACUAAUACUUCAACAUCAGUUUUUGAUCAUAGUUCACAAGGAUUACUAUGAUAAUGAUAAGGAAUGAUGACUAUACACAAGGAUUAUGUAUGCAUUCCGGAAAGAGAAAGUCUAUAAGUACCAAUUCUUUCUAAACAUUUGUAUAUUGUAUAUUAUAUUGAAAAAAUGAAAUUUCCUAGAUUGUAUAUUGUUUGUUUCACAUUAUUAUUGUUAAUCAUUAAAGUCAAACUUGAAUUAUUUU